GGGGCGGGUAGAAGACAAGCUCCUUUGUGGGACAUCUUCAAAGCUCGGCAUCACGCCAGGCAUCCGAGUUAGGACACACUAACGCUGGUGAACCUCACCGUAGCUGCAGGAGGAAGCCUGGUUGCAGCUGCCGCAGCGAAGUCCCGCACGCCUUUAGAGACUCCUGGGCUUUCCGGCUGGAAGAUGCGUCCUGCCGCAGGAGUGUGCUGCUGCUGAGGAGCGUGGGGCUGUGGAACAUGCUUGCCUUUGGGAUUAUAUAUGGAGAAAGGCUGUCGGUCCUGGGGAGAGCUGGCUGGUGAACCUGUCUGACUUUGUCCCCCUCUGGGGAAGUGGCUUCAAUGGCUCCAUCUCCCAGGAGAAGCAGUAGAAAAGAUGCCAAUGCCUUGCCAAGCAUGUCCUCAACUUUCUGGGCUAUCAUGAUCCUGGCUAGUCUCCUAAUCGCUUACUGCAAUUAUAACAGCUAUUUUGGAGCGGAUAACCCUCAAUGGCUGUAUAUGAGACAUUGUCCGGGGUGCUUCCAAGAUGCUUUUGAGCUGGGUCAACUGGCUGCAGGUACAUGUGAGAUUGUUACUUUGGACAGAGAUAGCAGUCAACCACGAAGGACUAUAGCUCGACAAACAGCUCGCUGUGCAUGUAAAAAAGGACAGAUUGCCGGUACAACAAGAGCAAGGCCAGCCUGUGUUGAUGCACGAAUUAUCAAAACAAAACAGUGGUGUGAAAUGCUGCCAUGUUUAGAAGGUGAAGGCUGUGAUUUGCUAAUCAAUAAAUCAGGCUGGACCUGUACACAACCAGGAGGCCGGAUAAAGACAACCACGGUACCGCCAUGUUGGUUUCUGGGCCAAGCCAUGCCCUGCAGUGGAUAUGUUGAAGCCAGAUGGAGACAACUGAUUCUGAAACAAGGCAGCCCUUGCCUCUCAUCUUCACAGAGAGUACCUUUAGCCUCUCUGCUGCCAAAACUUUGCCAUGGACAUACAGUGCAUUAUAUUUUGCUGAUAUUGCAGUAAGAAUCAUGCAGAUUAAAGAAGAAGGAAUUCUCGUGAAAUCAGAACUGGCUUCAGCAUGCAUCAGCUCCACACUGUAUAUCAUCCCUCCUGCCCUAAAGGACUUCUUUGAGAGCUGGAUCUCAAAGCCAUGGACUAAACGAACUCCACUGAUGUUUUAUAGGGAUGGCUAACAGAUCAUGAGAUUGAUAUGUAUAUGCAUGUAUAUCAAAAAGCAAGAUAGGUAAUGCUAAUUAAUUAAGAUGCAUAGGAAAUUGUGACAUAUGAGCAUGAUGUAAAUGAUAUGGAAUAAAUGAGGGAUAUGAGAGAAGAAAUAAAAUAGAACAAACAAAAAAACAAACAAAAAACAAGAGCUUUUGAAGAUAUUUGCUUCCACUGUUCAAACAACUCCGGGCACUGAGACAUAGAAAUUUGAAUUCCUUUCAGUAUACGUUGCAGUCAAUUGAAAAAUAUAGUAUUCUUACUGAUACUGAGCUGCAUUCUGUGACUUUUAAUUUACUAAUAUCUGCUGUAGACUAGUCAUUUCAACUAGACCAUUCUUUUCAGACCAUCCUCUCUCAUUUAUUUUAAGGUUUAAUGCCUCUGUCCAUGGCUGUUUACCUUCACUGUGAAGUCUGUAGGAACAGGAGAUCAUAAUAAAAAUCACAGGGAGAUGGCCCUCCUACCUUCUCUGCUUCUCCUUUCCCAGACAUCCCACAAAAUUUUAGUCAUGGUCUCACUUUAAAGGUGAGGGAUAGAACAGAUAAGUUUAUUGUAUUUUGUGUGGGUUAGGCAUGAAUGUAGUGAAUAACAUUUUACAAGGAAAAGAAUGGAUUUUUGCAAUUUCAAGAAAAUGUUUUUUUUUAAUGAGAUAGCUUACAGCAGCAACCUCUGCAAGUUGGAUAUGUUACAUGCUGGGCUUUCUAUCCAUCCUACUAUGGUGGAGUGCAACCUGCUUUAAAAAAAAAAUAAAAUAACAAACACUAGUUUCGAUGCUCUAGUAGAAAAUAGUGGAAAAUGUGGCAGCAAUAUAUACAUGCAAUGCUAUUUGAUGAGAAAGUAAAUAUUAGUGCAACUUAAAAAUAACCUGAUGUUCUUCAAAUGUAUGUCUUGUCAAAGAAUAGAUGAUUUUAGGAGGUACCUCUGCAAGCUGUUUGGUCCAAAUUACUGUUUUUUCUUUCACUCUUAUCCUACUGGUCUUUGAGUAUAUUUCAGUACUAUUCUAUGUCACUACAAAAUAAAAUAGAAAAUUUCAUAUUAUUCAGUUAUUUUAAUUCAUAAAUUUAAUAUAUUGGAGAGCUUUUAAGUGUUAUAAAUAACAUUGAAAUGGGCUCCUGAGAUAAGACAAAAAAGGCAUGUCAGACUUCCUAUCCAGUUAUUGUGGAUAAGACAGAAAGGUGGAAAAAACAAUUAAUUUAAAUUAGAUUUCUGAUGUUUUUUGUUUGUUUGUUUUGUUUUUUCUUGUUUGCUUGCUUGCUUGUUUGUUUGUUUUUCAUAGAACAAGCACUUGACUAAACUCACUUUUAUUUAUGUAUUGUUUCAGAGCCGGUUCAUAAUGCUUAAAAAUGUAACCUUGUGAGCAUUUUCCCAUAAUGCAUUCUACUUCUUUGAAAAAAUGUAAUUUUUAAGAAACUUUGCAACAUGAUUACGAACAUCUAUUUCUAAUUUAUAUCCAGUUACUCAGUAUGACUAACUCUUUAAUAUAUAUGUAGACACUGUUCAGACCACCAUUUAAUGCAUACCGCCACAAGAUAUAUUACCAUUGUUUAUGAUCUAAAUCUAAUUAAAGAGUAUGCAGGAAUGAGAAAGGGGUCGAUAUCUAAUAUUUUUUUCCCAUUUGCUUCUCUCAUUACUAACAUGUCAGAGAAGAUGUCAAUACUUUGAACUCAUACAUGUGCUCUGUAACUUUUCCACUGAUACAAACAAGGUCAUUUGUUAUGUAGGAUGCUCUAAAUCCCCUGAACAUUCCUCAAUUAUUGUCUGGUUUUCAGACAACUUAUUCAGAACUUGAUAUAAACUACAAACAAAUCUGAAAUGCUAAAUUUGAGAUACCUUCAAAUAAAUAUCAGAUUUUAAGUCAUUGAAACAUCACCAGCAGAGACUGAGAUUAUAUACUUGUAGAACGCUUUUUCUGUUGAAAAUAUCUGAAAGUUGUCAGUUUUAUAAUAAAUUUCUGUGACUGUAGUUUCACAAUAAAUCCAGGGAAACAAAAAUAAGGUGAAGGGAUACAAAAUAUUACUGAAGGGAUAUAAAAUAUGGGAGUAAAUGGAAAAUUAAACAGACUGUUUUCAUGGUAAAAUUAUCUUUUACUCAUGAGAUUGUAAUCAGCGUUAAAUAAUAGUAUGUACCAUUUGGCUUCUUUUUCUUAUAAUCUUGGACUUAAACAAACAAAAACACCUAAAAACACCUUUAGCAAUUUAUUUUCAACUUUGGUGAUCACCAAUAAAGUGUUUUUACAAUA